UUGCUUUGUUGUGCUGCGAGCGUUAAAACCUCUGAUCUAUUCAAGCAGACACACUACACACUGCUUAACUGUUCGGUAUUGCUUACUGUUAGUAACUCUCCGAAUUUUACUGCGCUCAUCCGAAAUGAAACGCCAUCUCCUGAUUCUAUUCUUGGCCUUGAUGGCUAUUUCAGCUGAUCUGGUGUCGGGGCACGGUGCUACUAACUCCUCGUGCGAUCGUAUUCCAAGGGGUUCACGAAGAUUCUACGGACGUAGCCCCAAUAUGCCUGGGAAAUCAUGCAUGGAUAUUUUGAACAAAAACCUUUCUAUUCGUAACAAUGGCAUCUACUGGAUCAAGCUUAACGGUUACUCGGCGUUUCCGGUUUUUUGUGACAUGAAAGACGGAGGUUGGACAAUGGUGUUGAAGUUGGUAAGUGGCAGUGGGGAAGAUGUGGCUGAUUUAUGGGAGGCGCCCUUUGCCAUUCGUGAGUUUGACCAGCGGCUGCUUCACCUCAUGCCUGUCCACAACUGGCCUUACAAGAAUAAAAUUGUGCGUCAGUGGAACGUCUUCAAACCCGAGGAGGCGCGUGUUGUGUUGUACAAACGUGGUGCAAAGGUCCUGACUGUUGGCUUCAAUGCAAUCGACUCGAACAAGAUGAACUGGUUUUCUUCCUCUCGGCUGGUAGAUUCACCUUGGAGUGAUCUUGGCAAAGAACCCAAAAAUUUCUUCACGAUCAAAGGAGACACAGCCCACAACCGACACUUUUUUAUCAACCGUAGCUACGAAGGCGGAUGUCACGUGGAUUUUGGUUGGCUUGUGACUGGGCAAUUGUGGCGUUGCAAAUGGGAGCAGGGCUAUAAAAAAGCGGCCUUCCUUUAUAGCAAGAUCGGGACGCAUACUAAUUGGAACAAACAUGAAAACGUCGGCAGUGCUGAUGUGUUUACUGUUUUUGUGCGAUAAUAAGAACUUGGACAUUUGAAAAGAAAUUUUUCAUCACAGGGGCAACGAUCUUGGAUAGAAUAGUGGUAAUCAAACAAUAAAACCAUAACGAUAAAGUAAGAAUAAAAUUGAGAACUUUGAUUCAAA